GAGAGGGGGAUACAGAGCAGAAAUGUGGUAAAUUGCAGUUUGUAGAGAAGUCGGUCCCAGUGCAUGCUGGGUAUUGUAGUCUUUAACACUCAAUGUGCCAGUCAGUCAGUAAAUGAUUAAAGAAAAAACAAGAUUAGCCAAUAAAGUUGCUGCGAGGGAAGUGGAUGAGGGGGUGUAAGUGACAGUUUGGGUGUAAGGAGAUGAGGGGGAGCAGUUAGUAGAUUGGGGAGGGGUAUGAGUGAGGGAUCGAGGGUAAAGUCAGUUUGGGUGUAACUCACAGAGCAGUAGAUAAAGGAGCGAGUGGAUAAAGAGAAGGAUCAGGUCUCUGCCCCUCAGAUCCGCAAAUGACACGUUAGUUCCACAGCGGUGACUCAGCCAAUCACUUUCACUUUCAUUUCUCUGACUGACAAGUUCAGACCGUGGCGGGAAAUGUUGGACUGCGCCACUGACACUCACAGGUGAUACCUAUGUCCGAGCAAACGAUGCACAAUGUCUAUAGGGCUCCUGGCUUCCAUCUGCGCAGGAUUGGGCGCCGGGGGUCACAGCCUGAUGCUUUAAAUUAUAUACACUUUUUGAAGCCAGUUACCCUGAUUGGGAGGAACAGAAACGUAGUGGAUCAUUUUGCCACAGCACAGGACUCUUAUGGAAGACGUUAUAUUUCGAGGGUUCAUGCCCGUGUCAUCUGUACAUCAAUCCCCAUGAGCUUCAAGCUGCUGGAUUCCAGCCUCACUGGGGUGUAUGUGAAUGAUGUGCGCAUUGAAGCUGAGCACUUUCUACAUGAAGGAGACACAGUCACAUUUGGACACCCAGAAGGUGCCAAUAUCUGCCCUGGCACCAGAGCACGUCAGCCUAACUCAGAACUCUACUUUCUGUUUGAACAUUGCCACUGCACAAUGGAACAGUUGUCUUCCGAUGGCUCUCCUGAGAUGCAGGAAUUUGCAGUAUCUCCAUCUCUGAAUCUAACAGAAGCUAAUAUGCAUGCCCAAGUGGACAAUGGAAUGACUACUGAAAGCAAUAUCUCUCGAUCUCCAACCUGCACCUCACAUCCCAGAAAUGUUUUUGAAGAGCAAAAAGAGGAAGCUGAGCCAUCUAUAAGCAUGGGUGCUCCUAAUUAUCAUUCAAGCCCUCCUGAAUAUACCAGCAUAGAGUCCAUCAUGGACAGGAGCAUGAUUGAACCAAGUUCCAAGGAGACUUCUAAUAUAUCCUUGCAUUCCAGCAAGUCAUGGGAUUCAGAUGAAGAAGGCUCUUACCAGUCAGAAGAAGGAAACACUUUGAAAAGAAAAUGCUCUGCACAAGUUCCAGAGUUCUCUGUCACUGAUCCUUACUGUGAGAUUGGUGCCAAUGAUUCAUCCUGUGAUGGUAUAGAGUCUGAAUAUGGAGAUGUAACAUCACCUUGCCAUUUAUUACAACACAGAGAGGAUGAGUUUUGUGAGAAACAAGACGAUGAGAGAAUUGAAAACCAAAGUGUUGUUAAAUGUGAUGCUUCUCCAAGGGUCUGGCCAGAGAGUGAUAAAUCUUUGUCAGUGUAUGCCACCAGUGAACACACUGCUGAUACUAGUGAUAGCCCAGUGGCUCACAUGUUGCUCCAAUUGGACACAAACAAAGAAAACCAGGCAACAGGGUGUAUCUCUGCUUCUGUAUGUUUGGUAUCCAGUGAAAAACCCCUCCAAGCUCAGGUCAUAUCGUUUGAAAAAAGCAAAGAAUCUUGCUGCACAGAAAAAUCUCUUCAUAAAUAUAAAGACAGCCCUCCACUGCCUACAUGUAACUUAUCAUCAAUGAUUAAAGAAGAUGUUGAGUUAAAUAAAAGACACAAAAAUGCAGAAAUAGCUAAUUCUGGAUCUGUAAGCCCAGCGGUUAUUCCUUUAAGGACAGUGAUGUCCAGUGAGCCCUGCACUGUAGUAAAGGAGCCUCAGGACAAAACCACAGGGGAACACAUUGAAUUUGUGUCAAUUGAUGAUUCUGUAUCUAGAGAAGCUGAAGACUUGAAUCUCUGUAGUGCUGUUGGAAAAUCCAUAGAUAAAAAACAAAUGCAGAUGGAUCCGUGUGAACAGGCAGUAAUGCAUAUGGAAAGUAAUGGAUCUGAAAAUAAGCUGUCAAUAGGUCAGGCCGAAUGCGGAGAGAAUAGAGUUCCUAAUGAAUCACUAGGUGUCUGUCAUUCCCGCAAUGUCAAGGAAGCAGUCCCACCAAGGGAGAACGACUCAGCUAUGGUUAUGAGAGAGACACGUUGUGGGUCUGGCAGUCCUCCUUCAUUACAAUUAGUUCAAUGUAGGGAAGAGGGGCCUUUACAGGCUACUGCCAAUGUUCUACUGCAGAAAGAUACAAAUGAAAAAGCAGAAAGAGAUGUAAAGGUGGAACAAAUUAACCUUAAUGGUGUAUACAACUCGGCGACUAACAAUAAUGAUGAGCUUUACACACUUAACGAUCCUCAGACAGGUAUUCUGCUUUCAGAGCAAAAACAACAACAUAAGAAGCCGUCUGACGGACACACUGAGGAACAUUCAUUUGAUUUCCAGAUUGUGAAUGUUUGUAGUUUGUCUCCUUCCAUUAAAUUACAGACCCUGGACCAGAACAACGGCUCGACCAAAUCUAUCGGCAGUGAGAAUGUUUGUGUGGGUUCCACUGAGGAUAAGUUCAUAGGAGGCCAAGAUUUGGUUGAGGCAAGAAAUUGUGGAAAGAUGGUGGACACAGAUAAACAAGUGUGUGUUUUAUCCCAAGACUCUAAUACAAUGCGUGUUCAGAAUAGUGAGACGGUGACUUGUCCACAUGAUAUUGCUGCCGAUCCAUUACACACAAUUGGCAGCGGAGGAUAUAACUUGGUACCAGCAUCUGUGCAAGAUUCUUCUUUUCCUGAGCCCAUUGCCUCUUCAGAUUUACAUAAUGACAUGGAAGGAGACAAUAGGAAUUCACUUGGGCUGAAGCGAUGUUUCCAUGACACAGGAAGCAGAUUAUCUUCCGAGAAGGAAGUACCCCCAAAAAAGUGUCGAACGUGGCAUGAGGAGUCACAUGAGACAUCUGCCAUUGGUGCUCAUGGAGCAAAUAUUGGGAACAUUCUCCAGCAAUUUAUUACAGCCCACCAGACAGUGAGACAGGCAGAUAGCAGGGAAGUAACUGCUUGUGCACAGAAUCAACACUUGAUUGCCCAAAUCACUUGUAACUUUUUUAAAAGUCUGGAAACAGUGUGUUUGUCACAAGCACAACCUUUUAGUUUAACACACACUGAGAUUCCAGUGGAAGCACAAUCAGUCAGUGAAACACUCAUGUCUCAUUACAUUGCAGAUGCAACACAAUCUGCUCCUUAUAUUACUGAACAAACACAAUCUGUCUUUGUUGCACACUCGGCUUCUCAUAUUACAGAGGAAACACAGUCAAUCAGUUUAACACAUACUGCUUCUGACAUACUAAAGCAAACACAAUUUGUCCGUGUUGCACACACAGUUCCUCAUAUUACGGAUGAAACACAAUCUGUCAGUGUUGCACACACAGUUCCUUAUAUUACAGAAGAAGCACAGUGUGUCAGUGUAGCACACUCAGAUAAUUUUAUUAUUGAGGAAAAACAAUCUGUCACUGUUGCACACACAGUUUCUCAUAUUACAGAAGAAGCACAGUGUGUCAGUGUAGCACACAUGACUUCUGAUACAGAUGAAGCACAAUCCGUCAGUAUGGUACACUUGACUCCUGACAUACCAGAGGAAACACAAUAUAUUGCAGAUGAAGCACAAUCUAUCAGUGUAACACAUGUGGCUGCUAACACAGAUGAAACACUUUCUGUCAGUGUAACAGAUAUAGCUCACCACAUUGCAGAGGAAAUCAGUGUCAGUGUUGCACACUUGGAUCCUUUAAUUACAGAUGAAAUACAGUCUGUCAGUGUAACACACAUGGCUCCUGACACAGAUGAAAUACAAUCUGUCAGUGUAACAGAUAUAACUCCCGACAUUGCAGAGGAAAUAAAUCCUUUUAUUACAGGUGAAACACAAUCUGUCUGUGUGGCACACUCAAUUCCUAAUAUUACAGAAAAAGCACAAUCUGCCCAUGUAGCACACUUGGCUUCUGAAAUUCCAGAGGAAAUACAACCAGUAUCAGAUCCUUUUAUUGCAGAUGAAGCACAAUCUAUCAGUGUAACAGAUCUAGCUCCCGAUAUUGCAGAGGAAGAAAAAUUUGUCAGUGUUGCACAUUCAGAUCUUUUUAUUACAGAGGAAACACAAUCUGUCAGUGCUGCACACUUGGAUCCUUUAAUUACAGAUGCAACACAAUCUUUCAGUGUAACACCCAUUGUUCCAAAUGCAGAAGAAGUAGAAUCUGUCAGUGUAACAGAUAUAGCUCCUGACAUUGCAGAGGAAAUAAAUCCUUUUAUUACAGAUGGAACACAAUCUGUCUGUGUGGCACACUCAAUUCCUAAUAUUACAAAAGAAGCACAAUCUGUCCGUGUAGCACACUUGGAUCCUUUAAUUACAGAAGAAGCACAAUCUGUCUGUGUAGCACACUUGGAUCCUUUAAUUACAGAAGAAGCACAAUCUGUCUGUGUAGCACACUUGGCUUCUGACAUUCCAGAGGAAACACAAGGUGUCAGUGUUGCACACUCAGAUGCUUUUAUUACAGAUGAAAGACAGUCUGUCAGUGUAACACACAUAGCUCCUGACACAGAUAAAACACAAUCUGUCUGUGUAACAGAUAUAACUCCCGACAUUGCAGAGGAAAUAAAUCCUUUUAUUACAGAUGAAACACAAUCUGUCCAUGUAGCACACUCGGUUCAUCAUAUUGCAGAAGAAGCACAAUCUGUCCGUGUAGCACACUUGGAUCAUUUAAUUACAGAUGAAGCACAAUAUGCCAGUGUAGAACACUUGGUUUCUGAAAUUCCAAAGGAAACACAAUCUGACAGUGUUGCACACUCAGAUCCCUUUAUUGCAGAUGAAGCACAAUUUAUCAGUGUAACACACGUGGCUCCUAACCGAGAGGAAACACAAUCCGUCAGUGUAACAGGUAUAGCUCCUAAUAUUGCAGAGGAAGUAAAAUCUGUCAGUGUUGCAAACUUGGAUCCUUUAAUUACAGAAGAAACACAAUCUGUCAGUGUAACAGAUAUGGCUCCUGAUAUACAGACUGUCAAUGUUGCACACUCAGAUGUUCCACACUCACAUCCUUAUAUUACAGAGGAAACACAAUCUGUCAGUGUUGCACAUGUGGAUCCUUUAAUUAAAAAUGGAAUACAAUCCGUCAGUGUAACACCCAUUGAUCUGAACACAGAGAAAGCACAAGAUCUAGCUCCCGACAUUGCAGAGGAAAUAAAUCCUUUUAUUACAGAUGGAACACAAUCUGUCUGUGUGGCACACUCAAUUCCUUAUAUUACAGAAGAAGCACAAUCUGCCCUUGUAGCAGACUUGGAUCCUUUAAUUACAGAUGCAACACAAUCUAUCAGUGUAGCACACUUGGCUUCUGACAUUCCAGAGGAAACACAACAUGUCAGUGUUGCACACUCAGAUGCUUUUAUUACAGAUGAAAGACAGUCUGUCAGUGUAACACACAUGGCUCCUAACACAGAUACAACACAAUCUGUCAGUGUAACAGAUAUAACUCCCGACAUUGCAGAGGAAAUAAAUCCUUUUAUUAAAGAUGAAACACAAUCUGUCCGUGUAACACACUCGGUUCCUCGUAUUACAGAAGAAGCACACUCUGUCCUUGUAGCACACUUGGAUCCUUUAAUUACAGAUGAAGCACAAUAUGCCAGUGUAUCACUCUUGGAUCCUUUAAUUACAGAUGAAGCACAAUAUGACAGUGUAGCACUCUUGGAUCCUUUAAUUACAGAUGAAGCACAAUAUGCCAGUGUAGCACACUUGGCUUCUGAAAUUCCAGAGGAAACACAAUCUGUCAGUGUUGCACACUCAGAUCCUUUUAUUGCAGAUGAAGCACAAUCUAUCAGUGUAACACAUAUGGCUCCUAACCGAGAUGAAACACAAUCCGUCAGUGUAACAGGUAUAGCUCCCAAUAUUGCAGAGGAAGUAAAAUCUGUCAGUGUUGCACACUUGGAUCCUUUAAUUACAGAUGAAAUACAAUCUGUAACACCCAUGGCCCUGAACUCAGAAGAAGCACAAUCUGUCAGUCUAACAGAAAUGGUUCCUGAUAUUACAGAGGAGAUACAGACUGUCAAUGUUGCACACUCAGAUCCUUAUAUUACAGAGCAAACACAAUCUGUCAGUGUAACACAUACAAUUGUUGAAUCAAUGAAACAUGUCCGUGUAAUACACACAGCUCCUAAUAUUGAAGAGGAAAAAUCAUCUGCCGGUGUUGCACACAGUUCAUAUGACAGUUCAGAGGAUACACAGUCUUUCAGUGUAACAGAUACUGACCCUAACAUAUCUGGUACUGUAAUAUACACUGCUCCCGACACUACAGAACAAGCACAAUCUGUCAGUUUAACACACUUUGCUCCUGACAUUGCAGAGAACACACAAUCUGUCAGUGUAAAACACAUGGCUCCUGACAUUGCAAAGAACACACAAUCUGUCAGUGUAACACACUCAGCUCCUGACAUAUCAGAGAACACACAAUCUGUCAGUGUAACACACUCAGCUCCUGACAUAUCAGAGAACACACAAUCUGACAGUGUAACACAUACAACUGCUGACAAUGGGAAUACAGUUAGGGCUUGGUACUCCCAUAUCCGUGAAGAGCACAAGCAGAAGAUCUCCUAUAACUUGCAACUGUCAUCAGGAAACUGUGCCAGUGUGCACCUAUCUCCAGAUAUAACUCGGACCAUGGAAAGUGGUGCAAAUACAAACCAUACAGCUGAGCUCGGUAUCCAAGGUAUAAAUGCCUCAAAUUCUUCAACAUGUACACUAGGAGUAGCGUCUGAGGUGCCCAGUGUCAGCCAUGCAAGCAAUAGUGAUCAGCCAACGCUGGUCAUUGUAGCUGAGACUGAUGCUAGUGCUACUGGUUCCUUGGGCUCAAAGAAACAGUCAUUUUCAGAUUGUGAUAAUACAUUUUCCAGUAAAGGGACAGGGCCCAGGAGCAGUAGCCCAGAAAAUAUUAACACUAGUGAAUGGAGGUGUGUGUCUCCAGACUAUAGUCCGCAGGGACACGGCCGCACUGCUCAUUCACAUCAAGAAGCCUUCAGUAAGGAACUCGGCUUAUUGUUGCCGGCAGUGAAGGCGUCUACGGAACCAGUACCCCGGAUGAUGGCUAUCAAGAGCAAGACCACCCAUAACUCUCAAUGUAUUUCUGAAUGUAGGCCAUGUAAUGUUACACCCACAGGAAACAAUGUAAUGAUGGGUGACCUCUCCUCGCCUAGUACCUUUGCCUACCAUACUUCUCAAACCCAACCAGUCAUUAAAGAAGAAGGUGAUGAGUAUAACGUAGCCAGUUCUGCAAAAGUCUCCUCUCCAACAGAUCAGAGAUUCCUUGGCCAAGUUCAGGGUGCAAUGUAUAUAGCGUCGUCUUCUGAGAGUUUGCAAACCAUAUCACCAUGCAGGACACAGCACACUGAUACCGAAGUCAUUGUCAUUUCCGAUUCUGAUGAAGAAAAACCAUUUGUGAAUUCAGAGCUAAGGGCAAUGUUUGAAAAAGACUUGCCUAAAAUGUCUUUAAAGAGAAAAAGAAAAACCCAGAGGCCUGACAUUAGUGAAUAUGAUAGGACUGAGAUGGUCUGUGGGAAAUCAGAAAACCUAGCUCCUUAUUUUGACAGCAGAGCAAUCAUUGUUAUUGAUAGUGACGACAACAAUGAAGUUGAUGUGAAGGAAGAAGAAGAUGUGGACACAGAUUAUGGUGUUCAAGUCUCCAGUGAACAGUACAGACUGAAAGAAAGCAAAGAACACAGUUGGCCACAGCCAGAUUCAUGGGAAUCUCCUAAUGUCUCAGCAGAAUCAGGUGUUGCCAUUUCACCAUUUUCAGGAGCCCAUUCUCCAGUGUUUCCAUCCCUGUAUAAUGCUCAACCUGCAAGUUCAUCUUUUGUUAAUAUGACCCCCCCUGUACCGCCAAAAAGCAUUUCCAACAUCUCCCUGGAGGAAAACCUACCCCUGCCAUCUCCUUUCUCUGAUGACUUUGAUAUUCUCCCAUCAGAUUCUGACUUAGAAAAAAUAUAUUCAGAUGAGGAGAAUGCAUCAAAGGAUUCUGGCCUCAGUCAGGUCAUGGCACCCCCUUUACAGUUUCUGAAAUACCCUGAAACCCAGAAAAAAACAAUCACUUCUAGCUCUGGUGAGUCCAGCUCAGAAACACUUAAUGUCAACUUUAAAAGGAGUGAGGAGCAGCAGUGUGCCUGGGCCCGAUCAGAGCAUGAUGUUAGGUUCCAGCUGUCGGAAUGUCAGUCUGUAUUGAGAGAAGUCUCCCAGGUCCUCAGUGACAUCCAGGGGAUUGAUGAACAUACCAUGGAACAGUGGAGGAAAGGGAUCUUGGACCUGCAGAAGGAGAGCCCUCUUCCUCAGACACACAUUGCUGUCGUUGGAGACACUGGAGCUGGGAAGAGUAGCCUGCUGAAUGCCUUGCUAGAGCAGGAGGACGUUCUUCCCACCUCGGCUAUGAGAGCCUGUACUGCGGUGGUAGUAGAAAUUGAGAAAAGUUCUGUUAUUGGAUACAAGGCAGAUGUGGAGUUCUUCUCCAAAGAGGAAUGGGAACGGGAGCUUAAAGCCCUAAUCACAGACAUGAAGGAUAAGUCAGGGCACUUUAAAAGACGGCCAGAUAAUAAGCCAGAGACUCGAGUGGCACACAGCCGAGUCAUGGCCGUGUAUGGUAAAAUAGCAGAGUUGCAUGAGCUUAAAAAUGAUACCACUGUAACCAAGUACCUGGGGGAGAAGAAGCAAAUAUCCGAGAAUACGGCAUCCGCUUUCCGCUCAGCCAUUGAAAAGUACAUUGACACAAACUCGGAACAACCCAGGCAAAAAAAGGGAGGGCAGUUCUGGCCUAUUGUCAAAUGUGUUCGGAUCUUUGUCCCAGAGGCAGAAGUUUUAAGGACAGGAGCGGUCUUGGUAGAUCUUCCAGGAACACGAGACUCUAAUGCAGCCAGAGAUAGAAUUGCCAAGGAGUAUCUACAGAAAUGUGAUGUUGUUUGGGUAGUUACCAACAUCACUCGGGCGGUGGAUGAUAAGACAGCCAAAGAGAUACUGACUUCAAAUAUGAGGCGCCAGCUCUUUAUGGAUGGUCACUAUGAGAGUAUGGCCGUCAUCUGCACAAAGACUGACCUGUACAACACCCAGGAGAUCAAGAGGGCUUUGAAUUUACAUGAUGAGACCAGUAAUCUGGAGGACACCGUGGUACGACUGGGCCAUCGCCUCAACACUCUGGAAGCUGAGAAGAAGACUUUGUAUGAGCAGUGGGAUAAGGGUGAAACGUUUGCUGCAGAAAAUGAUCCAAGGAAUGAGAUUCUGGCAAAGGAGAAGGAGAUUAGCUUCUUAAAGCAGCAGAAGGAGGAGAGCCUGAGGAACAUCAAUCUGAUCUGUGUCAGGGCCAGGAAUAACUACUCCAAGCAGCGCAUCUGCCACGACUUCUAUCAGAGCCGCCAGGAAUUGAUAAAAGGAGAGGAUGAAGCAGAUGGAGAAGUGGAAGAUGAAGAGGAGAGUGAUGCAGAGAGCAACAUGGAUGAAGAGCUAUCUGAGGACCAUAGACUGAGAGUCUUCACUGUCAGUUCCAAGGAAUACCUGGACCUACGUAGAAGAAGUGUACUGGAAGGGAGCGCACGAUUGUUCAAUUCAGAGAGGGACACAGAAAUCCCAGAUCUCAGGGACUACGCCAUUGAGACUGCACUUAGAUGUUCCAUGUUGGCUGCCGAGAGGGUUAUCCGGAAUACAGCGUGCAUUAUCAGCCAGGUUAUUACCUACCUGCUGAAUCGCAAGGCCCAGGAUGAGAGUGACCAAGAGAAGAUCAAGCUCGUUGUGGAGAAGUGUCUGGAUGAUCUCCAGGGGCAGCUCAGGGAAGCAGUGUCUGUAUGUAACAGGCAGAUGACUUUCUUUAUUCAGGAGAAGAUUAGGCAAAGUCUAGCCGUGGGUGUGAGUUGUGCAGAGAAAUCCUGUGAGAACAUUGUUAAGAGAUGGGGUUUCCGGCAAUCCGGAGGGUAUACCUACCCAACAUACAAAGCUACCUGUGUACGGCAAGGCUUCUAUAGCUCACCAGCAUGCGGAGUCAUUGACUUUAAUGAGCAGUUGUCACAACCAAUAACCAGUGCAAUCACCAAAUCUUGGUCUGAAGUUUUCAGUGGGGAGCUUGUCGAGAGCUUAAGUCAAUUUAACCAAUCCGUCCCCAAGCUGCUUGUAAGAUUUUUCAAGAAUAUGAGAUCUGAGCUAUUCAGCCUUGGAACAAGUUAUGAAAUGAUUGCCUUCAUUGAGAAACAGCAGUUGAAAUCCACCCAGGCAGAGCUCCUGAAUUUCUUUGUGGAUCAGAAGGAAUACAUAAGUCGGAGACAGCGCCACAUCUCACGCUUACUGACCCCUGAGGUCCAGAAAAGGAUGAUUGAAGUGUAUAAUGAAUGUCAGUCUGUCAGGGGUGAGGGAAGUUUUGAGAAAAUGAAACACUUGAUGUUUUCCCAUGUCAAGGAGAAAAAGCACCAAAUCUUCAGAGAAGCUGCAGACAGCCUAAUGGAGCAGCUGAACUUUCUACAGACUUACAUUCGGGACAGUCUGAACAACUUUGUGAAAGAGCGACUUCACUCCCUCAGGCAACAGUGUGAGCCGCUUCUACAGCCAAUGAAGAAAGAGGAGGGAAUACUGCCAGAUCUUCGAAAUCUCUGGUCCCACGUUAGUCAGAUAUGCCAGAGAUCACAAGUGGAUUUCCAUCUUCCUGAGCUUGAGAUCACCCCCAAACCAGAGCCCUGUGACCAAGAGUCAAGGGCCCCAAACAGGGUGGAACCCCCAGAAAUAACCUGCCUUUGCAAAGUGGUGAAAGUCGGAGAGAAUCACAUCCUCAACUGCAACACCAUCAAGAUUUCUGCAAAAGGUGUUGAACUUGUUUGGACAGAAUCUCCCCUGUUUGUGCCAUUUAGUAGCGUCCGACACUUUGAGUUUUGUUCUGUUCUCUACUUCCUGACUUUACACCUGUCCCCCGACUUUGCUUGGAUGUUUCAGAAAUCCACGUUCCAAACAGCGGAUACAGACAAUAAGCUCCUCCUCCUCCUGGAGACGCCAUCCAAUACGCAAGCUCUGAAUAAAAUGAUGGACUUCCUGUCAUGGAGGCAGCAGGGCACAGGCUGGUACAGGGAGGUGGAUCUGCACGAGGGCAGGAGGACCCUGGAAAAAAUGCGGGUGUAUUAUACUGAGAAGCAGGAGCCCAAACAAGAAGUUGAUAUGGAUCAUCUCUUUUUAAACCCUGCACCCUCCUCCAGCACCAUGCCACCAUCUUUCUUAGGGGUCUCCCAGCUCUCAGUCAGCAGGAAACGAGGGUCUUUGUCUCCCCACCAAGGAGUUGUGGAGAAGAAGCCACAUGUGUUAACAAAUCCCACCCAGCAGGAGCCAAGGACCUUCCCUUCCUGGCCAGGACUUCAUCACCGCACUUUAUAUCCACCAUUUCCCAGGAGCCCAAAGCCCAACCCCGAGUCAUGAAGUGGAUAUUUGGUACCUGAGAAGAAGGUCUAUUUGAUGCCAGAACAUGAGAGGAGGGAAGUUUGGGAGCUGUCCAGACCGUGCGAAUGGAAGUGAUAUAAAUAUACUGGUCCUGCUGGGAGUCACUGGUAUCUGGAGGCAGUGACAGUUCACUAAUAAAGUUCUGUUGUACAGUAA